AUGCGUUCAAGGUCACUCAGAGUGGUCAUCCAAUCUUCGGAUGACUCGACUGCCGUAGGCAUUGAAUGGUUUCAACCAAAAGUGUUGCAACCAACUAAAACAUUUCUAUUCAUGGGUUCAAAGAACAGAUCAGUUUUGCGUACAUUUAGUCCUAUACGAAAAAGUUUCAAAUGUAUUCUGUUAUAUACCAUAUUUGAUAAGAGGAGAUGCGGGCUAUUUACUUCGUUGGGAGGACUGUUUGUUACGUUCCUAAUAAUAGAAGCGUUAAUGGUAUUUGUGACUCUAAGUAUAUUGUGGAUGGAAGAGCUUCCAGUAAAGCUAGUGAUGCAACAUUACGAGCCAUUAAAGUAUCGCGGCCUGAACCAACGCAUCCCAUCAAACAAAUUGGAAGGCGUUUCAAUAUAUCACGUAACUAAAGAAUACGACGCUGCUGCCAUGGGCGGUCUUGGUCAAAUAGUAACUGGCUUAUCGCAUGCUCAAGCCAAUGCUGGUCUCAAGGUUAACAUCGUGAUGCCGCAUUACCUAUAUCUAAACUUGAAAUACAAGAAACGUCUGGAACAAUGGUCGAACGGCGAAAUAACAUAUAAAGGCUGGCACGGGCAAUCGAUCCCUAUUCCCUAUACUGUCCAUAGACUACAAUUAAACGUAACCGGUACCAAGAUAUCGUUCCCAAAACAGCCUACAGCAAGACAAAUGCUUACGGUUUAUCUAAUCGGUCCAUCGACAACAUAUCCAUUCGAUCGAGCAUUUCAAGUCGAUAAAAUAACAGACAUUUACGCUAGUCCUCCAGGAUUGCCGCAAGAAUGGAAAGAUCUUUAUUUCUGCAAGGCAGCAGCCGACUUUAUUGCGUACCAGUCUGCGACCUCGGAUACUCCGCUCUUUCAGAACGCUGAAGCAGGGGAUCAUGCGGUUGAUUUGGUUCACGUACAUGGAGCAACCAACGCGUUGACUAUAGAAUUCAUGAAUAUCAUAGAGAAGAAUGGUGGGUUUAGUCGUGGUGCACCAACAAUCGUAUAUACAUUGCACGAUUAUUUGGACGAGUUGGAAUAUUCAAACGAGCUGAAGAAUAUAAACCGAUUCAUGGAUACUGAGGAUGUCACUGAACGCCUGGUUGAUAAAUAUUUGUAUGGCUAUCGAGUAUAUCCUUCCGCAUUGGGUAUAGACAAUUCUCACGUUUCCACUUUUGUAUCGCGUCAUAUGGCCAAGCAGUUAGUAGAAGGACAGCUAGAUUUCCGUUACAAAGAGCUGGUAAUGCCAAGCAUUCGAGCGAAAGCUCGCGACGGUUAUUUCGUUGGCAUCACAAAUGGUGUGGAUCUGAGCAAUUUUAACCCAUUCGCUGAUCGCACAUUGUUUACUAGUAAAACCAUUUAUCCUAAAAAUAUAAUUACGGCAAAAAGUAUUGAAGAUAUCCCUAAUAAUCAACGCAUAAUAACAGCAAAGAAGGCCGCAAAAAAGUUUUUAAUCAAACAUAAUCUCCUCAGCGGUGCUGAUCUGAAUAGGCCAAUAGUAUUAUUUGUAGGCAGGUUCCAAAAUAACAAAGGAAUAGAAUUCUUCCCAGCGGCAGCUGACAUAAUAAGUAAAUUGAAUGCAAAACUUAUAAUAAUGGGUCAGAAUAGCGGAUAUUCUCGAAAUAUUUUAACGGCAAUCAAACUAAAGCACCCCGAUCACGUAACGGUAAUAGAUGACAACGAACAGCAGAGCGCUUACGGCACGAUAUACAGGGCGGCUGCCGAUAUUGUAUUUGUUCCUAGUCUAACUGAGAGCUUUGGCUUGGUGGCAGUCGAAGGGUUGUUAUUCGGAUGUCCUGUAGUCACGAGCGGAGUUGGCGGAAUGAAGGAAUUUUUGGUCGAUAAGACGAGAUCACCAUCCAAUAACACCAGCUAUAAUUCGUAUGUGUUUAAUCUAUCGGGUGAAGACGUCGAAGCGGCUACGGAUGGAAUGGUGAAAGCGUUAAAGACCGCAAUACAAGAUAAUCGGAAAUUAAAGAAGAAUCGCAAUGCACAUGAAUCAUUUGUUCGAAGUCUAAUCAAGAACGCAAUGAGACUAGGAUGGCAUGUCAAGAACGGAGCCGAGAGACAAUACGCUCGGGCGUAUUAUAUGGCUAUCAAGGUGGCUCGGAAGAAACAAUUUAGAGAUGCAUCAAUAGAAUGGUAA